UAACUCUCAGAAUGCCUCGCCACAACUUUCCACUGAUCUGAGUGCGCAUCUAUAUCCAUGCCAAAGCAAAUGUGCUUUAUAUAAUAAUAAUAAUAAUAAUAAUAAUAAAAGAAGAUUUUUAGAACAUUUUCCAAAAGGUUCUUCAAAUGUUGCUUGGGAAAUGUCUGACACAGGCGGGAAUAUUUCCAGCAGUUCAUCAGCACCGUCUCUUCUGGAAGCACAUCAUAAUCUUGACCUAAAGCCAUUACUGUAUUGUGUCAUUUGUCUCCUUAUCAUCGUAACUCUUCUUCUACUGAUCAUGUUGUUCAAAAAGUCCUGCAAAAAAUAUGACAGGAAGGUGUCUGACUCAAACAUUGAAGGAGGCACUUUUCGCAUGAAUGAUCUCAAAAGUAACUCAGACCUUGAUGAUACUAAUAAUGACAUCACUAGUCAUUCAAACAACUUGCAAACUUACACUGCAUGCAGUGAUGAUUCGUCCUCUACUAGUUCUGAGUGCUUGUGUCAACCUUAUGGAGAUAAACCCAGUGACAAUAACCAGCAAUACCUGAGUUUGAAAACAAACCUGCAAAGUGCAGACUAUGCAAAUAGGCAAGGAAACUCCACCAGUGCUCUAGAUUAUGAAAAAAAGAAGCCAAAGAAAAACCGAGAUUAUGUUAACAUAGAAGCACAACGGAAUAUGCCUUUAACUAAGGGCAGAAGAAGCAAAAUUGAGAGGCAUCAAGGAGACCAGGAUGAGAGUGAAACCAGCAGUGAGAGCAGCAGCGACGAGAGCGAUGACAAUUCUGUAAAUUACAGCACAGUUGUCUUUAAAGAAACUACAAAUGUCAUCCAAAGAAAACAGUGAAGCUGGUUUUCUGCUUCAAGAAGUUUUUAAUAAUAUUUCAUUUGCGCUUUUUUUUUUUUACUGCAUUCUGCUAACCUGUCAGUCAAUAAUCAGAUAUACCAGCUCAAGCAUGACUUAACAGCAUGCUCUAAAAUGACUGCUUUUAUUUUCAGGGCUUUUGUGUAUGAGGUAUAAUGUGAAUUUUCACCAUAUAUGGCAAAAGAAACCUAAUUUUACAUACAAGAUCUGAGAAUGUUGUAUGUGAUCUGAUAAACAUAGACUGCGGUACUGAUAAUUAUCAUAAUAUCCUGUUAGGAAGGAACUGCCGUGUGCAGUAAAGCAGGGUGGAAAGAUCAAAUACUUGUUUUCAGUUUCUGUAUUUUUGUGUGCUAGUACUUAGUCUAUUUCAUACACUGAGUUUUUUUGUGUGCUUUUUUUUUAAAAUAUGCAAAUAUUGCCAUUUUUAUUGUCAAACUUGUUAUUGCUACACAAUGCUAAACUUGUACACCAAGCAGUCAGCCAUAUCAGUAUGAUGUUUUAACAAAUAUAUAUAUGCACCAGUUUAAUUUAAUUUAUUUAAUCCCUUAUUUUUAGGGUAGUGUACUGGAGUUUUCAUGUUAAAAGUACAUUUGGGUUUUUGCUUUGGGGUUUAAUCUAGUAUGUUUUUUUUUUAACUUUUAUUGUCAGGGGCCUCACAUUCAGUUUCUGAUCACUGACAAACACCCCAUUUUUCAGACUGAAUACUUCAUAUAGAAAAUACUAUAAAUACCUUCUAAUAUUUUUAUUCGAAAGUUUUGGUAGGUACUACCAAAUAUAUAUAUAUAUAUAUAUAUAUAUAUAUAUAUAUAUAUAUAGAUAGAUAGAUAGAUAGAUAGAUAGAUAGAUAGAUAGAUAGAUAGAUAGAUAGAUAGAUAGAUAGAUAGAUAGAUAGAUAAAAGUGGGGACCACAUUCACACAAGUUCCAAUGUUCAAAAACAAAACAAAAAAAAGGAGGAGGGGGGAUCUUUCCUGAGUUCCCUCAAUAUUGGGAACCUGCAAUGGAAACAUGUUGAAAGAGUAAAAAAGGAUAUUACACUGAAUAACCUUGUUGGAUUUUGCUAGCAAAAUAAAUGAAUGCAAUAUAUCUUAA